AUGACCAAGAACCUCUUUUCCGUACCCAUCUUCUUCAUCGUCUUCCGGGAAACCCUCGAGGCCGCCAUCAUCAUAUCGGUGCUUUUAGGUAUCGCCGAACAAAUAGUUCACGAUGACCAGCGACCUAUCGUUCAGGAAGAGGCGAAUUCUGAGGAGAACACCUCGGGAAAUGAUUCGGAUAGCGCGGUUAAGCGUCGUAGACUCAUCCGCAAGUUGCGAGUCCAGAUCUUCCUUGGUGCUGCAAUUGGGCUUUUCAUCGCGGUUGCCAUCGGUGCAGCGUUCAUCGCUGUGUGGUUCACCAAGGCAUCUAAUCUAUGGAGCAAAGCUGAGAAGCUAUGGGAAGGCAUCUUUGAACUCAUCGCGUCCCUGAUGAUAUUCGUGAUGGGGUUAACGAUGCUCAAGAUGGAUAGAGCGAAAGCCAAGUGGCGGAUCAAGCUCCAAAAAGCAUUUGACGGUUCCAGAGAGCAAGGAAGUGGCACGACGGGAAAAUGGGUGCUUUUCAUUUUGCCUCUGAUCACGGUUUUGCGCGAAGGUAUGGAAGCUGUAAUCUUUGUCGGAGGAGUCUCCCUUGGUCAACCGGCGACGUCCAUCCCCAUCGCUGCCAUCGUUGGGCUGGUCUGCGGCUUCAUUUGUGGGUUCCUCAUCUACCAAUUCGCAAGUCGAACGACUCUGACCACCUUCCUCAUCGUGAUGACCAACUUUGUCCUCCUGAUCGGUGCAGGCCUUUUCUCACGUGCAGUUGGUUCGUUCGAAGAGAACGCGUACAAUCACCUCCUUGGGAAAGAUGUGGAUGAUGCCGGAGGUAGCGGGCCUGGCUCGUAUCGUGUGCAAGGCAACGUGUGGCAUCUCGACUGCUGUAAUCCGAAUGAUUACACGAACGGCCAAGGGUGGAUGGUCUUCAAUGCUAUCUUAGGGUGGUCCAACAAUGGUUCUUUGGGGACGAUCCUCUCGUAUGUGUUUUAUUGGAUUGCGGUGAUAGCCUCGCUGGUGUACAUGAAGUGGAAAGAGGGACGGGUGAAGGUUUUGGGAAUCGAGUCUGCUGCUGGAUUGCGUCGGCGUAUUAGACGAGAGAAGAAGCAAGAGGAGUCGAUAUCAAAUGAACAGAAGGAUGAGGCUGUCGUAGAGGAGUAUGCUUUGCCAAAGGAAUGA